AUGUUGCAAUUUUCAAUGUUCUCACAAUUGGCGAGAUUAAAAUUAUCAUCAAAUAUAUUUAAAUUUAGUGUUAAACGUAAUUUUUACGAAGCAAACUAUUUACCACCAUUAAAAAAAACAUUAAAUCAAGCAAGAGCAUCAAUUGAAUACAUGGAUAAUAAUGCAAAACAUUAUUUUAUUGGUGGUGAAAGAUCAUUGGCAGUUGCUAUUGAAUUAUUAUUGGAAAAAAAAAUAAUAGCAGUACCAACUGAUACUGUUUAUGGUCUAGCAACACUUGCUCAAGAUAAAAAUUGUGUUGAUAAUUUAUAUGAAUUAAAAGAACGUGAUAAAAAUAAACCAAUAGCAAUAUGUUUAUCAAGUAUAAGUGAUAUACAUAAUUGGGCUGAAAUUGAUCAUUUACCAAAAAAUUUAUUAGGUGCAUUAUUACCUGGUUCAGUUACAGUUGUUUUAAAAAGAAAAUCAAUAUUAAAUUCAUCAUUAAAUCCAGGUACAGAUACUAUUGGUAUUAGAGUUACUGAUUCAAAAUUUAUAAGAAGUAUUUGUAAAGUUAUUAAACAACCAUUGGCAUUGACAAGUGCUAAUUUGAGUAAUCAACCAAGUAGUUUAGUUACAAAUGAAUUUCGUCAAUUAUGGCCAAAUAUUGGUGGUAUAUUUUAUACAAUUGUUAAUAGAAAAAAAAUUAAUGAUUCAUUCAGAGUUGGAUCUACUGUUGUUGAUCUUACAGAGCCAAUGAAAUUUAGUAUUAUCAGAAAAGGUGCAGGCUUUGAAAGGGUUGUGAGAAAUUGUUACAGGCAUGGAGUUACAUCAACAGAAUAUACUUGGAACCCUAAAAUUAAUAAUGAUGAAGAUGAUGAUGAUAAUAAUGAAGAAAAUGACAAUGAAGAUGAAACUGUUGAGGGUGAUGAGGCUGAUGCUGAUAAAGAAUGUGAAGAAAUGAUUGCUGGUUAAAAAGAAAUUAGAUAUUAAAAUGGUUUGUGUGUAAUUUAAAUAUUAAUAAAAUAAUAUUAAUUAAAAAUUUAUUUGGUUUUUAUAUU